AUGGAGAAACCAUCGCGGCCGCCACCACCACCGUCAACAUCGCUCCUCCGCCACCUAAUCAACUUCGAUACAGCUGUUUCCCUCACUCUCUACAACCUCACUCAACCCAUCCUGCCUCGUCCCUUCCUCAAACUUCUUGAAAUCUCCGGCGACGGCCGUCUCUUCUUCCCUAUCCUCCUCUCCCUCCUUCUCUCUCCUCUCCGAUCCGCUUCUCCGCUACUCCUGACAUUACUUGUUAACCUUCUCAUCGGAUCUCUGCUCGAUCUCCUUCUUAUCGGUCUCAUCAAACAUCUCGUUCGCCGCUCCCGCCCUGUCUAUAACAAACACAUGUUCCUCACCUUUGCCGUCGACCACUGGUCCUUCCCCAGCGGCCAUGCUUCUAGAGUUUGCUUCACCGCUUCGUUGUUUUAUCUUUCCUCUGAUUUAAUCCCAAGUAUUUUCCUUCAAUUGAAGUCUGGUAUGUUAGGAUUGGAUGAAUUUGAGAGUGUUAAGCGUUUAAACGUGAUUGUAAUAGCCUGGGCUACUGCUACGUCGGUUUCUAGGGUUUUGCUUGGACGGCAUUUCGUGUUUGAUGUUGCUGCGGGAGCUGGAUUGGGCGUUCUUAAUGCGUCAUUCGUCUUUCACUUCCUGAAUUGUGAGUUUGUUAGCUCGAUCCUUUCCAGGAAAUUGUCGUGGUAA